ACCAAAUGCCACCAAUGGUUCACAUAAAGGAUUUACACAAAAAAUAUUAUUCAAUGUUUGGCAUAAAAAGCGAGAAUAUUCUGAAAGGUAUUGAUUUAGACGUCGACCGCAACUCUAUUGCUGUAAUUCUGGGUCCAAACGGUUCCGGAAAAACAACUCUUAUUAAUGUUAUUACAGGUUUAAUUGGUUUCGAGGGAAAGGUGUCAAUCGGUGGACACGAUAUCACACGAGAGUCACAAUUGGCUCGAAAUGAGUGCGGAAUUUGUCCGCAAAUUAACGUUUACUUCAAAUACUUGACAAUUAGAGACCAUUUCAUGAUUUUCUCGCAAUUGAAACAAACUAUACGACAGACCAGUGAUGGCUAUAGUAGUGAUGAACUGAUCCAUAUUUUCUCGCAAUUGAAACAAACUAUACGACAGACCAGUGAUGGCUAUAGUAGUGAUGAACUGAUCCGUAGGUUAGAUCUCGAAGAAAACAUUGACAAAGAGGCGUAUCAACUGUCGGGCGGAACAUUGAGGCGAUUGGUGUUAGGGUUAGCCCUAAUCGGACCAAACAAUGUCCUUAUAUUAGACGAAGCGACCGCUGCUUUGGAUCCCAGAGUGAAGAGAAAAGUCUGGGAUCUGAUCCAAGAGUCGGGUAAACAGAAGACAAUUAUAAUCACUUCGCAUGACUUCGAAGAAGCAAAUCUUCUGUCAGACAAGAUAUGUGUCAUAUCGAGGGGAAGG